AUGAUAAACAAGUCGCACCAGUAUAUUUGCGCAGCUGACCGAACCCGAUCUACUUCAGACACGUCAACCGGAACACCUGAUUUCACAACUUCAGAGCAACCAAAAGUGGCAACAAAGAAGAUCUAUCCGUCGGAAAGUUUGGACAAGAAAACUCAGACUGCCUUUAUUGCAACAGGCGCUGGACUAGGUGGACUUGUUCUUAUACUCAGUGUGGUCGUUGUUGUAGUGUGCAGGCAACGAACAAAAAAGUCUAAGGAGGCUGAAAAAAUACAGUUAAAAGAGAGUGAAAAGAACAGGCGGAAUGAAUUUGAAGGCUCGUUCCUCGGCCAGAAUUACAUAGGAAGACAUUCGGAUUCCGAGCAUGGGAAAAACGGACCUUACCUUAGCGGCCCAUUUAAACCUAUUUCAAAUGGCCGACCUAGUCCUUUUCAGCUAAUAGAUACUGCAACUGCAUUCCAUAAUGGCGGAUAUGCAGCCAGUGUCCGUAGAUUGUCUGAACCAUUGUAUUCAAAGACAAACAAACCAUUGGUUGACGUUUACCUACCAUCUGAUAAUUCACAUAGAAAACCUUUCACCCAAGACAUGGUUCGGGUGAUUCCAGAAACUUACAGUCUCCGUUUACCGAGGCUACGAUGUACUUCAACAGGUGUCGACACCGGUCGAGUGUUUCCAGUCCGCGAACCUAAACCAGAUUACGAUGCGCCAGCUUCACCGCAACCGGAUUAUCAUCGUCGCAGUAGAUCACAUGAUAGGCUAAAUAUGUCACCUGGCAGCGGAUUGAACGGUUUCAGCAGCGGAAGUAUGGAGCGUAUGCGGUCACGUGACGGUCAUGGAUACGGAAGCCUGGAGAGAGAUCGCGUACCCAGGCGGAGUACCAAGUUUUAAUGACACUAUAUUUUGUCAUAUUCAAUACGAAUAACAAUAAUGCAUGAUAUGAACGUAUUAAACAACUUUAGGCAACAUGAACAAUAGCAUUUCUUUUGAAAUGAAAAAGAUAAUUUUAUGCAAGUAUUUGAGUAGUUCUCGGACAACAUUUUUUUCGGACAGCCGCGAUGUUUGCCUCCUUUUGAAAUAUAUUUUUAUCACAUUCAUAUUACAAUCACGUGGAUAUUAAGUCGAUGAUAAGGCAUUAUAUUUUAUCAUUUGAAAUAAGUUAGAUAGGAAUGUACUUUGCGUUUUUUUAACACGGCAUUGCAAAUGACGACCACUGUUUAAUAUAUUGUUUUUAUUUUAGCUUGGGAAAUUCUUGUUUGCAAAUAUAAUUUAUAUGCAACUCAUAUUUCUUAAUUUUAAUUUUAAUUGUCAAUUAUAGCUUGGGCA